AUGCAUUUCCUACUCCUCGGCGCCACUGGGCGGACCGGCAAGCACGUCGUGUCCGAGUUAUUGUCUCAAGGUCACACCGCGGUAGCCCUCGUCCGUGCCUCAGGCAGCCUUCCCCCUCAUCCUGGCCUCACCGUCACCACCGGCUCGCCGCUAUCGAAGGCGGACAUAAAAGCGAGUUUGUCCGCAGCGCCCUCCCUGACACCAGCUGCGGCCAUCGUCACGUUGAACGCGAACCGCAAGUCCGACAGCCCUUUCGCGCCCCAGCUCUCACCUCCUCGCUUCCUGGCCGACUCCGUCGCCAAUGUGUGCGAGGUUCUGGCGCAGGCCGGCGUUCGUCGCGUUGUGGUCAUGUCGACAGUGGGUGUCGGGGACUCCUGGGCUAACAUACCGUGGCUGUCCAAGGCAUUUAUGGGGUGGACCAAUGUCAAGUACGCGCUCGAGGACCAUGGCCUAGUGGAUAAGGAGAUCCGGUCGACGGGAAUGGAUUGGACUCUUGUUAGGGCUGCGAAGCUGGAGUUCGACGAUGCUGAGAAGCAGAAGCAGGCUGACACCAACGCGGACGUGCAGACACUGGGCAGCGACGGUGUCGGAAUACGUUUGACCGACAGCGUCAGUGUUUCUAAUGCCGCGAGAUUUCUGGUCAAGGUUGCAGUCGAAGGGCUCUUCGUGAAAAGUGCAGUGGUGAUAAGGGAUUGA